ACCCUACAACCGCACUCGUCCGCUGCUGUCGCCAACCGUCGGCCAUGGCUUUCCUGGACACACCAAGAAGGCCUCCUCGCUCCUUCCUUCUCCCUCUCCUUUGCAAACCCCUCUGCACUUCUCCUUCUCCGAUCGACUCUCCCCCCUCCGACAUCACCAUCGCCACCGCUUCCAUCUCCCCCACCGAGUCCAAGCUCCUCGAUAACCUCCAUGUCCUCAUCAGGGACCACCACCGCGACAACCCCCACCUCGCCCCGUCUGCCGCUUCUCCUCCCCCUGAUCUCACCAUCCCGUCCCUCUCCUCCUCCUUCUCCAACCUCUCCCCCUCCCCUCCUUCCGCUUCCCUCGCCGCUCUCCUCGUCGACCGCUGCGCCUCCCUCCGCCACGGCAUUCCCUUUCCGCAGGCCCUCGCCUUCUUCAACUGGUGGCUCGCUGCGUCGCCCUUCUCCUCCCCUUCCCCUGCCUUCGCUGCCGCCUUCAUCGAAAUGAUUGACCUCUGCGGCAAGCUACGCCACUUCGACAUCGCCUGGCACCUGCUCGACAAAAUGCGCGCUUUGGGAAUCCCCGUCACCAAUCAGACGUUCUUCACCUUGAUCCGCCGCUAUGUUCGUGCUGGUCUCCCCGAAGAUGCCGCCGAGGCCUUCCGCCGCAUGCCGAACUACGGAUGCGAACCCGAACCCAGUACAUUUGCCUCCCUCCUUGCUGCCCUUUCAAAGAAACGCCUUGCUGCUGAGGCCCAGUCUCUCUUUGACGCCCUCAAGCACCAAUUUCCUCCUGACGUUGUAAUCUACUCUUCACUCGUCCAUGCCUGGUGCCGUGCCGGUAAGCUCGACGAGGCCGAGCGUGUUUUUGCCGAGAUGGUGGCGAAUGGAAUUCCACCAAAUGUGUAUACCUAUACUGCUGUGAUUGAUGCAAUGUGCCGAGCGGGACAGAUUCCCCGUGCAAAUGAGCUUCUUUGCCAGAUGAUUGACGCUGAGUGUUCGCCCAACGCAGCUACUUUCAAUAGCCUGAUGAGAGCGCAUGUCAAGGCUGGCCGGUCGGAGAAGGUGCUGCAGGUCAAUAACCAGAUGAAGCAAUUAGGGUGCGAGCCUGACAUUAUAACCUACAAUUUCCUUAUUGAAACCCACUGCAGGAAGGGCCAGAAGAACCUCGAUGCUGCCCUCAAAGUGCUUAACCAAAUGACUGCAAGAGGGUGCAUCCCAACUUGCCACUCCUUCAACCCCAUAUUUCGUUGCAUCAUAAAUCUUGGGAAUAUUAAUGCAGCACACAAGCUAUAUGAUCGGAUGAAAGAGCUUGGAUGCAAGCCGAACACAGUUACAUAUAAUCUGUUAAUGGAGAUGUUUAGCAAGGAGAAGUCGAUGGACAUGAUGCUGAGGAUGAAGAGGGAGAUGGUGGAGGAGGGCGUGGAGCCAAACAUUAACACAUAUGGGGUAUUGAUCACAGCAUUUUGCGAGAGAGGACAUUGGAAGCGAGCUUAUGGGUUAAUGAAGGAGAUGUUGGAGGAGAAAAGUCUCAAGCCAACAGCUCCGGUGUAUGAAAUGGCGAUGACACUGCUGAGGAGAGCAGGGCAGCUGAUGAAGCAUGAGGAACUUGUGGAGAAGAUGGUUGAGCGUGGAUUCAUUAAUCGACCCUCGUGAUGGCACAAUGUGGUACUGACUGAUGAUCAUCUACGAGCAACUAUAGCUUGUCUACUGGAAAGCAGUAUUAUCUCAUUAAAAGGCAAUUCACGGGAUAUGCUCUUUUAUUUUAUUUAUAUCCAAGCAGAGAUUUCAUGAGCCAUGCUUUGUUGUUAUAUAGUUGAGUACUGAAUCAUAAGAAUUAGGCUUUAGCAGCAACUGUAGUUUUUUGUAUGCGUUUCUACUAGGAAGAAGUGUCAUUCUUUUAGAAUGCAGUUUGUGGGGUAUAGGAUUUUGGUGUCUUUGUAUCCAAGCAGAUUUCAUGAGCUCAUACUUUGUUGUGAUAUAUCAGUGAGUGCUAAUAAGAACUAGGUUUUUACAGCAA